GUUCCUGGCAUUGACCCCGUGGAGAGUAUAUCACUUGAUCUCAGUCAUGAUCCUUGGGCGUGUUAUCAUGCAAAUCAUCAAGGAGAUGGUUUUGUCGAGAAUAAGAGGUGCACAGCUAUGGAGAAGCCUCAGCGAAAGCUGGGAAGUUGUCGAUUCCAAACCGGAUGAGAGAACCAGUUUCAGCCACUGCAUCGCAGAAUCCUGGGAGAACGUGAACCUCUUCCUCCAGGAAAUGUCUCUCUUUAAGCAGCAGAGCCCGGGCAAGUUCUGCCUCCUGGUGUGCAGCGUGUGCACGUUUUUUACGGUCUUGGGAAGUUACAUUCCUGGGGUGAUACUCAGCUAUCUCUUGCUGCUCUGUGCGUUUUUGUGCCCACUGUUCAAGUGUCAUGACAUCGGGCAGCGACUCUACUGCACCAUCAAGGCGGUUCUGUUGAAACUCGACUUUGGAAUCGGGGAAUAUCUUCACCAGAAGAAAUGUGAGAGAUCCGAAGCAGACCAAGAAAAAUGUCUCAAGGAUGACAGCGAGCUAGACUUCUCAGCACUUUGCCCCAAGAUUAGCCUCACGGGAGCUGCCAAAGAAUUAUCCGUGUCGGACACAGAUGUCUCAGAGGUCUCCUGGACGGAUAACGGGACCUUCAACCUCUCCGAGGGAUACACUCCCCAGACGGACACGUCUGACGAUUGGGAAGAUCUGGACUCCGAUGAAGAAGAAUUGGAAUGUGGGGAUGCUGAGACGGGGGAUGAAGGCGCCGAGGAGGAGGAGGAAGGGGCUGAGGAGCGCCCGCCCCUUGGGGCCAUCCCUGUGACAGACUGCUUAUUUUGUUCCCAUCAUUCAAGCUCUCUGAUGAAGAAUGUAGCGCAUAUGACAAAAGCCCACAGCUUCUUUAUUCCCGAUGUAGAAUAUCUUUGUGAUCUGAAGGGACUGCUUCACUAUUUGGGGGAGAAAGUUGGGGUGGGGAAGAUUUGCUUGUGGUGCAACGAGAAGGGGCGGUCCUUCUAUUCCACGGAAGCCGUGCAGGCCCACAUGAACGACAAGAGCCACUGCAAGCUCUUCACAGACGGCGACGCUGCCCUGGAAUUUGCCGACUUCUACGACUUCAGGUGCGUCUGUGGUGCCAGAGUGGGCCACCGCUCCUUGCUGAGGUACUACAAACAGCGGUUUGGUCUGUCGAGAGCCGUGACGGUUGCCAAAAACAAGGCCGCCGUGGGCCGAGUCCUCCAGCAGUACCGAGCCCUGGGCUGGACUGGCAGCACAGGUGCAGCCCUCAUGCGAGAGCGGGACAUGCAGUAUGUCCAGAGGAUGAAGUCCAAGUGGAUGCUGAAGACGGGCAUGAAGAACAAUGCCACCAAGCAGAUGCAUUUCAGGGCCCAAGUGAGAUUCUGAGUGUGGGCACAGGGUGAGGGACGCCCUCCUGGGCAGGCAGCCCCUGGUCUGGGCGCCCGUGGAGGCAGCUGGGGGAGGGAAACCCCUUUGUGCUGCUAUUUCUCCCAGCCUCCACCUGGUCUGACCACAUAAUAAAAGUCAGAAUCACA